UCAGGGGCCCUGCAUCCUCCUAGAGCAGAAAGAAAACUCCUCCUACAAGCUUUAACCAGUGCUUUGCUGGACACUGAUAGAAGUCACAAGACCGCUCUAACUGCUGAUGAAAAAAGGUACUUAGCAGUUUAUAUUUACUAAAAUAAUUGCAAUUCCAUUUUCUGUGUACUGUAGAUAUAGUGAUUGCAGGGUCCUGGGUUAAGUAACACUUUAAGGAGUUUGAGCUUUGCUGAUUGGAGAGCUCUAGUUCUAACUGAGAAGGACCAUGUCAGACCUCUGCAGAGGGGCCA